GGUAAAAAGACCAGGCCUCAUUAUGUAGCUCAGAUAGCCUGAACUCAUAAAUGGUUCUCCUGCCUCAGCCUCCCAAGUGAUGACAGAUGUGUGCUGCCAGGCUCAGCUGGGUCCCUCAGCUGGGUCCCUGUGGGGACAGCAUCCACCUCUGUGGAAUGUGCUGUGUUCCUUAGCCUGUCCCUUCCCAGUUUCCUACAACUAAACUCUUUGUCCCCCAAUUUGCAUAGAGACCCCUGACUAGUCAGCUCCACCCGAGCCCUCUCUCAGGAGCCAGCAGCCUUGGAUCUCUGCCCCUUUGCUGCACAGCCUUGUGGGCAGGAGCUGGCACCCUACGGUUCACCUCUAAAUACAAUCCCUGUCUCCCAGAGGACAGUCCCUAAAGAAGGGGCUUGAAGGACAGCUGGCAGAAAAGAAACUUCACAAUGGGAGGAAGGUGGCCAGGUCUUUACAGCAGGAAGCCUCCCCCAGCCCUACCCCAGCUGAUACGAGGAAAGAGCUCAACAGAAUAGCGUGUCCCUUUGCCCAGCACCUCUUUGGUCCUAUUAGACACAGGGCAGGGCCCCAGAAGUCACUGCCUGCUUUCAACUCCCUAGUCUGUGUGGUCUGGGGCAAGGAAGGGGCUUUGUGUUUUGUGGUCUGGGCCUCAGUUUUUUCAUCUGUGAAGUGGGCACUAUCAAAGCUCUGUGGGUUGUGAUGAUAAAGGGGGCUACUGAGUGGCCAGGCUCAGAAGCCACUCCCUGUAUGUGCUGUUUCCCAGGUACUAUGUGGGGCACCCGCAGCAGCACCUGGUAAAUGGGUCAGCUGGUGCUGUAUGGAAGGGCCAGCCCUAGCCUGGGCGGACUCAUCUGCUUGACAACUUCAAAAAGCAGGUGCCAACCUGGCCUAUUCAGCAAUGAGGAAGCUGAGGCUCAGAGAGAUGAAGUCACUGACCCACAGUCACACAGCUGGGCCACAGAGGAACUAGCAGACCGUGUCUAUUUGAGAUUCACUCUGCCUCCUCCAUACCAGAAGAGGUGCCCAGAAACCUGGUGUGAGGACUCACCACCCCCUCCUGGGUUCAUCCUGUCAGAGGCACCCAGUCCUAGAGAGCAGCAGGCUGGGCACCUGCCCAAAGGGCGGGGACACGCGCAGGAGAACCGGCCGAGCGGGCGCCACUGGGCUCCAGCCAGGCCUGCGCGGGGCCACAGGCAGGGAGCUGGGGCCGUGUGGCCACCACCAGGUCACGGGGGCCAUCAUAGAUCCAGGGAGCCAGGAGCCCCGCCAAGCUGAACACUGACCCUUCUAUGUAGGACAGGGCCACUGACGUCACGGCCCGCCAUGCAGAAGAACUACAAUGUGCACUUCACCAAGAAUGCCCGGACCCCCAAUGAACGAUAUUUUUUGGACCCCGAGUUGGGGCACCAAAAAGGAUGCUGCCGUCAGUGGUACCAGGACCCGGUGGCCACUCACACCCAUGGGCCCUAUCAGCUGUCCCCCCAGGCUCACUGGCAGCAGACUUACCGCAGCCACCGAAGUGGCAGCGGCUGUCGCCGGUGUCCCCAGCCCCUCAUUCUGCAGCGACCGCGGCAGCAGCAGCAGCGACAACCCCCACCCCUCCCUCCCAGCCCGCUGCGGCAGCGGCAUGGUCCAGUUCGUGGGGCCCAGAAGGGGUCACCCCCGAUCGCCGCUGCCCGCAUGGGACCAGCCAGCGCCUCCCAGCCUGUCACCUCCUCACCCACCGCAGUAUCAGCCAUGGCCAGCAGCGGCCCAGCCCUGCCCUCUGCAGCCGGCGCCCUCCUGGAGCCCAGCGAGCCCACCGAGGCGCGGCCCCUGCCUGCGCCCGCAGCCUGCGGCUCCUUCACCUCCUACGGCGCGGACAUCCUGACAGAGGAUGAUGUCUACUGCAGCUGUCUGGCUAAAACUCUGUGUCACGUGCCCGUCCCUGUGACUGUGGGCUUCUAUGCUCCCUUCGGCUGCCGUCUUCACUUGAUGUUGGAUAAAAUCAUGACGCUGAUGCAGCAGGAGGCCGCGCAGCGUGAGAGUGAGGAGCUGCAGCGCGUGCAGUGGCAGCCACGGCGCGUGCGCGGCUGGGGCGUCCCGCAGCUGCUGUGGUUCCUGGUGUUUCUACAGCCGGUGAUCACCGAUCUGCACCUGCGGCGCAGGAACGUGCGCUUCCUGUUCAUCCGCUUCAGUGCCUGGCAGUACGCAGGCACCGACAAGCUGUGGGCGGGGCUGGUGACCACGCUUUGCGACGGCAUCCGCCACCACUACGGCGCGCUGCCCUUCAGCGUGUACUCGGUGCUGGGCAACAAGCCCUGUGGCCCGCGCGAUGGCCUCUGCCAACGCGAGUGGCACUGCCGACGUCGCGUGUGCCUGGCGCUGCUGGCGCUGCUGGCCGCGCUGUGCCUGGGCGUGGGGCUGCUGUACCUGUCGCUGGGAGGCCACGCGCCGGGCCACGGAGAGCGUGGCGUGCUCAAAGCGCUGGGCGGCGCGGCCACCACGCUGUCCGGCUCCGGGCUGCUCAUGGCCGUGUACUCCGUGGGCAAGCACCUGUUCGUGAGCCAGCGCAAGAAGAUCGAGCGCCUGGUGUCGCGUGAGAAGUUCGGCAGCCAGCUGGGCUUCAUGUGCGAGGUGAAGAAGGAGGUGGAGCUGCUCACGGAUUUCCUGUGCUUCCUGGAGAUCUACCAGCGACGCCGGCUGCGCGUGGUCCUCGAGGUCACCGGGCUGGACACGUGCUACCCGGAGCGUGUGGUGGGCGUGCUAAACGCCAUCAACACUCUGCUUUCCGAUAGCCACGCGCCCUUCAUCUUCAUCCUGGUUGUGGACCCCAGCAUCCUGGCCGCGUGCCUGGAGAGUGCGGGUAACAUGAAGGGCACAGCGGACAACGGAUACCUGUUCCUCAACCGCACGGUCACGCUACCCUUCUCGGUGCCGGUCAUGGGCCGUCGCACCAAGUUGCAGUUUCUGCACGACGCGGUGCGCAGCCGGGACGAUCUGCUGUUCCGGGAGUUGACGAUCAAGCUGCAGCCGCAGAGCCCCGGGGACUUGGGCGCAGGUGAGGGUACUCAGCUGCUGGCGGUGGAGACGCAGGCGGACGCUGAGCGCACGCAGGGCCGCGUGGACGCGGAGGCGGCGCGGCGCAUCCAGGAGGCGCUGUGCUGCUUGCACGACGAGGGUGAUUGCCUGUACGAGUAUGUGCCAGACAACGUGGUGUCCAUGCGGCGCAUCGUCAACACGGUGCCCAUCACCGUGCGCCUGUUGCAGCAGCAGCAGCAGCAGCAGCCCGACCGAGUGGGACCCACACCGCGGCACGCAGUGGCCUGGGUCGUCCUCGCCAACCAGUGGCCUUGUCGUCUCAGCUGGGUGCUGCAAUGCCUGGAGGACCGGCAGCAGGCAGGGGGCGCGCCAGAAGGUCGCGCACGUCUCUGGGACGUCUUCUGCGACAACAGUCGAGAGCUGCACACCAUGACCAAGGCUUUGCAGAACGUACUGGACCUGGAUGGCGACCCCGAGCUUUUUGAGCGCUUUCUAGGCACUGAUUUCCCCUUUACCGUGGCCGAGGCGCAGAGUUUGCUGCGCUGCACUGUCAACCUGGACCAUUCCAUCCGCCGCCGCAUGGGUCUCAUCAGGGCCGUCAGUGCGCUCAAGCCGCCCAGCCCACCCAAGUCCCCAUCCCAGGACGGUCCCCAGGCCAGUCCCAGAGCCAUUAUCGCCGCAGGCACGUCCCAAGCGUGCCAAGGAUCAGGACACAGUAGAGAGGCAUAUCAGACCCGGGAUCGGACGCAUGGGGGCAAGCCAAAGCCGAUGGCCUAGGUCCUUUAAUUUCAGGGGUGUAGAGGCCACUUGGGUGUGGGAUGGAGAACACCAGCCACAGGGGACAGCAACAUCCCACCUGCCCUGAUGAAGGUGUGAGGGCAAGAGUUAGGUUCAAGAGCAAUGGGGUAUUGGAUGGCCACACACCCAUAUGACUUUGGAAGUCAAAGGGCGCCAGGUAGGAAGGAGUAGGCAGCUGCUACACCAGUGCCUGAGCAAGCAGAGGAGUCAGUGAGGAACACAGAGUCAAAGACGCAAUAAAGGAAGCUGUGGAAAGCCAA